AUGAAUUCGGAUUCCGGACAUGAAAUGGAAGUCGACGGCGAUACCGACGGAAGUUAUCAUGAAUCCGCGAAGAAGGCCGCCGUCGAAACGGCAUCGUUUUCGCUACCCGAAUUCGUGAAGCAGUUGUUCGUCGAGCAGUGGGGAAACGACGCCGCAUACUAUCACAAGCUGAUCGUGAUUGUAGUCCACGCGAUCAUGCUGGACUUCGGUUUCGCGUCUUUCGACACGAGAUCAAAUUCGAUAGUCGGAGCAUUUCAUCUGCGCCGCGAGUUGAAUUCCGAUCUGUUCAAGAUCUCUCUUUUCUACACUCUGCCGCAAAAUGAUUGCGGCAAAUGCAUUAGGUAUAUUGUGUUGAAAUUUCAAAUUUUAGGCGAUCUCAUGAAUAUUUACGGGACGCUAUCGGAGAAUGUAUCGGGUGAGAGACGAAGGAUUAUCACUCAUUCGGUGCAAGCGGACGAGUACGAAUUGAUUCCUUUUCUUAAUGUGAUAUGGUCGAAUUGUUGGGUAAACAAUGGAGGGCUUCUUAUCGAAACACCAUCGAGACGAGCGAUGCUUGAAUUUAUGAGGAAUGUGAGGGAUAAUCUUGCGUUGCCGUUGUUGAUCGAUUUACGCGAAGCGAGUUCUUUAAUACCCCCGCCUUGCUUUAUGAAAUUACCGAACGAUAUUAAGUUGAAAAUCUUGGAGUUGUUGCCUAGUGUUGAUUUGGCUAAAGUGAGCUGCGCGAGCUCGGAAUUGCGGGAUUUAGGGUUGAUGGAUUACUUGUGGAAAUUGAAGUUUUUCGAGGAGUUUGGCGACGAGGAGAACGAAGACGGGCAAAAGAGUUGUUGGAGAAGGGCGUUUUUGGAAAGGUGGAAAAGUAAGCCUCCGUCAGGAGUUUCUAUCACCAAACCGAAAAUGCGUGAUGAUAAAGUAAGGCAUCGACGGGUGCCGCGAAUGAUUGCGGUAAAUUUGUUUAAGGCGUCGUUUGUAUCGAGGAAUUUGAAAUGA